AGUUACUUGAAUAUUUUGCGAUAUUUUGCAACAGAUCAUCAUGGACGAGUGAAGCAGCUGAUUUUACCCAAGGCUCUCGACUUGGAUCGGCCAAAAAGAGCAAGAACCUGGUUCACGUCAGCACAACUGCAAGUACUAGAAACCGAGUACUCUAAGCUACCUUACAUCACCGGCCAGGACAGAAAAGCCCUCGCAAUUCGACUCGGCCUCUCAGAAACCCAGGUGAAGGUCUGGUACCAAAACAGACGCACGAAAUCAAAGAAGGAGAAAUCCGGAGAUUCGCAGCAGCAAAUGAUGCUCCCAUCAUCAUCAUCAUCAGCUGCUGAACUGACACCAUCACUCAUUACAAGUCAAAAUCAAGCUGCUUCGUUCAUUAAACAUCAUCCGGGGAAUUUGGGUCCCUCGUGGAAUGCAUCACCCAUCACUUCCGCUUUCUUCCGGAAUCAAAAUGACGUCAACAGAAAUCGCCAUCAGCAGCCGUGGCCGAGCAGUCAGCAUUUAUUCCAGCAGCAGAACCCAUCCGACCCAACCCCCAUGGACCCGAUGCUGGGACUCGGAAUCCCGGGAUUCAUCGCAAAGUCCGGGAAAGAUACUUUCGAAUUGGAUUUUUACACGAGAUACAACGCAACUUUGUCGUGGUUACUGAUGAGUGCAAAGACCAACAACAACAAUAAUUCGUGCACCAUCAGGCAGCAAGAGAUGAAAAGAUUCAGUGACGACAUGGACCAAUAUCAGAAUGAAACGAUGGACCGGUUGAAAGACACUGCGAGUCCGGAUAUCAUGAUUGAUUGAUCAUUCAAUUGACUGCACGGUCAACAGUCGAUUUGCAAAGAGGCACCAAAAAAUUAUUUCUGCAAAGAUUGCGUUGCGGUUUCAGAAAUAAAAGCGAGGUUUCCACACCGCAUGUUCACCUGGCCAAGGAAUUGAGAGACGAAAAUAAAUUUCAAUGUCAUA